AUGACAACAUUGCACACUAUUUCCAGCCUUGACUACGGUGAUGGGCGGACAUGUGUUUGCCGUAUCUGUGUCUGCGGCAAACACAGGUGUACUGACCCAAAGUUGCCCUUCUUCGGGGAAACCACCUACAGAGAUGAGUACGUCCCAAAGAGCACCGUGCGUGAUAUUGGCCGCGCAAGGCCCUCCACUGUAUUUCCCAUGAAAGCGGACCCGGGCCACUUCAAAACCACCAAGCAGGAGGCGUGGGAGCCACUUGAGGGCAAAAUAGUGCGCCCCGCGGAAUCCUUCAAACCGCGCACGGUGCUUGGGGAGCCUCUUCCCUUUAAUGCCACCACCACACACCGCAAUGACUUUCCGGGGCACCUCCCCGAUCACCACCGAGCCCGCUACAAGCAGGAACCGUUGCCUAAACUGAAGGGGACCUAUGAGACAACCAACCAGGCAAUGCAGGAGCCCCUGAACAAGCACCUCGAGGCGGGAGAAAUGCCGAAACCACCACAACCGUUCCGUGGCGAUGCUACUUUGUUGCGCUCCCUGCCGUUUGACGCUAUGGCAACGUACACUGUUGACUACCCACCAAAGGAGGCUCUGCAACAGCCGCGUCCGCCGCAGAAACAACCGUUUGAAUCGAUGCCCGACGUUCGUGACUUUGGUACAACACACUCUGAAUCGUACAAGGUGCCGCCUCACCGCGUACGCCGCGUUUGUCCUGCGUCGCAAUUGGCACCGCGUCCGCCGUCGGUAGAUGGGCACUACAAGCUCUCCGUGUACGCUAUCCCCUCAGGAGAAAUUGCGGAUUAG